AUGCGUGUCCAGUCCCUCUGUCGAGAUGAGAGCAUCGAUAUCAACGGGCACCCUCCAAUCGUUGACGGGGAUGAGAGGCCGGCGCGAAUGGCCAUUGUCGGUAUGGCAUGUCGUCUUCCUGGUCAGGUAACUAGUCCAGAAGACUUUUGGAAACUAUGUUCACGAGGACGAAGCGCCUGGUCAGAAGUACCUCGCACUCGGUUCAACCACGCAGGUUUCCACCACCCAGAUCCUCAACGCGCCGGGACGCUUAAUCCACAAGGUGGACACUUUCUGGAUGAGGAUCUAGGUCGGUUCGAUGCGCCGUUCUUCAACAUAACCCUCCAAGAAGCGCGCUCCCUCGAUCCCCAACAGCGGCUGUUGCUCGAAUGUACAUACGAGGCUUUGGAGAAUGCGGGCAUUCCCAAGCAGUCCCUGGCCGGCCGCAAUGUCGGGGUCUUUGCGGGAGCGUCAUUUGCUGACUACGACGUGAGGAAUAUGAGAGAUCCCGAGACAAUUCCUAUGCAUGAGGCGACGGGUAAUGCAGUUUCGCUACAGGCUAACCGCAUUUCGUACUAUUUUGACCUCAACGGACCCAGUCUCACAGUUGAUACGGCCUGUUCGUCUAGUCUGACGGCAGUACAUCUGGCCUGUCAGAGUCUGCGAGCAAGAGAAUGCUCUGUUGCCAUUGUGGGCGGCGCUCAUCUCAAUAUAACACCGGAGGCGUUUAUUUCCAUGUCUUCUGCAGGCGUGUUCUCGGACAGUGGGCGAUCCUAUGCCUUUGACCAUAGGGCGAGCGGGUUUGGUCGUGGAGAAGGAGUUGGAUGUUUUGUCCUCAAGCCGUUGGACGCCGCUCUGUCCGCUGGCGAUGCUGUGAGAGCAGUAAUCGCUGGAUCUGGGGUAAAUCAAGACGGACGCACAAGGGGAAUCACGCUACCAAAUAGCGCCGCCCAGGAAUCUCUCAUCCGCUCAGUCUACAAAACCGCGCAUAUCGAUCCGUCUGAAACCGGAUACGUUGAAGCCCACGGGACGGGUACGCGAGCGGGUGAUCCAUUAGAAGCUGCUGCCUUGCAUGCUGUAUUUGGGAAGGGACGUACACCGAAAGAACCGCUGUUCGUUGGGUCUGUGAAAACCAACAUACCCAAGAAACUGGUCCCCUGGCCCCGCGGAAAAAGAUAUGCCAGCAUCAACAAUUUCGGUUUUGGUGGAGCGAACGCACAUGUCGUGUUGGAGCAAGUUUCGUCCCUGCACGACGGUGGCGUCAACGAAGAGACUCCUGCGCUCAAGCGAAAAAUAAUAACCCUUUCCGGCCACGACGAGAACGCGGUGAAGCAGCAAGUCAAAAGACUAGGCUUUUACUUGGAACAGAAUCCGGCUGUAUUCCAGGAGAGCGUGUUCAAUAACCUCGCAUACACCCUGGCGCAGCGGCGCACUGUUUUCCCAUGGCGUUUGGCCGUUGCAGGCUGCUCCACGCUCGAGAUAGGGCAGCAACUGUCUGCAGAUCCGGCGCCUUCACGUGCCCAAGGCUUGCCAACAAUUGGAUUCGUCUUUACUGGACAAGGCGCACAGUGGUUCGCGAUGGGCAGAGAGCUGCUUACUUCAUACCCAGUUUUUCGACGAACAAUGAAAGUUGUAGACAGCUGCCUAGUGUCUCUCGGGGCAAAGUUCUCUGUUAUUGAUGAAAUCGAAUCUGGUGAUGCGACGUCAAAUUCGAUAUCCAAGGCGUAUAUCAGCCAACCGGCAUGCACGGCUAUUCAGCUCGCCUUAACCGAUUUACUAGGCUCCUGGGGGGUCUUUCCCAGUGCUGUUACUGGCCAUUCCAGUGGUGAGAUUGCUGCAGCCUAUGCGGCUGGUGUUCUCACUAUUGAAGAAUGUGUUCGGGUCGCCUACGCGCGUGGUACAGCAGCAGCCUUGUUGACGAAAGACACGAGCAACGGGAAAGGAUCAAUGAUGGCCGUUGGGUCAAGCUGUGCGGCUGUUCAACCGUACAUUGAUAGGGUCGGUAGCCAUCGAGCUGUGGUCGCUUGUAUCAACAGUGAAUCGAGCGUUACCGUAUCCGGAGAUGCCGGGGCAAUAUCCGAGCUACAAUCAACGCUGGACAAGGAAGGCAUUUUCGCGCGGAAGCUGCAGGUGGAUGUUGCCUAUCAUUCACAUCACAUGCAGCGCGUUGCAAAGCAAUAUCGCCAAUUAAUUGGAGAGAUUGCACCCCAGGGGUCGUCUGUUCCUUUCCAUUCCACUGUCCGUGGUCGUACCAUUCCGUCGUGCGAUUUGAACGCUACCUACUGGGUUGACAACCUAGUCUCACGUGUCGAGUUUGUGAUGGGUGUUCGCAGCCUCCUAGGCCAAAAGGUCGGGGAGACAGAACGACCCGUUAGCACGGUGAUCGAAAUUGGGCCCCAUUGCGCGCUCCAAACACCGAUAAAACAGAUUAUCGAGCACCAUUUCUCUGACGCCAAGAUCGAAUACUUUCCAAGUUUGAAGCGGAAGGUCGAUGCGGUUGAGGCGAUGCAGCAACUUGCGAUAGCGCUAUGGAUGCGAGGCUUGUCCCUGGACUUCGAGAGUAUCAACUUCCCUGAUCUACGAACAAAGCCAGCAGUCUUGACCAACCUAUCGCCAUACCCGUGGAAUCACUCGGAAAGUUACUGGCAUUCAGCUCGUCUGUCCGACAAUAUCUACCACCGGCAGUUUCCCCGGAAUGACAUUCUCGGUUCUCUAUCCAUGGAGAAUAUCGAUCUUGAACCACGGUGGCGGAACGUUAUAUCUGCCGACGCUCAGCCCUGGAUAAGACAGCACCGGAUCCACAACAAUAGUGUGUACCCCAUGGCAGGCUUUUUGGCGAUGGCCGUCGAAGCUGUUGCACAGCAAGCUGCGCUCCAUCAACUCGCCCUUGACCGUAUUGAGAUUCGCGAGGUGACCGUCGGCCGAGCGCUGACGGUCCCCGAGGCUUCCUUCGUUGAGACAAUGCUGUCGAUGAGGCCAUGCACGAGCACGUCCGGGAACUCUCCGAACGUUUGGCACGAGUUUCGCAUCUUUUCUUGGUCGGAAAGUCGUGGGUGGGAUGAGCACUGCCAUGGUUUUAUUAUCGGACUCGAAAACAAAGAGCCUAACCCGGUCGAUAGCCUUCGGCAACAGUCCUCGAAGGUGCUGGACGCAGCUCAUCAAGCGGCAGCAAUUCAAGCAGCAUGUACGACUGCAGUCGACAGCAAUUCGCUGUAUCAGAACGUCGCUCAAUGCGGUGCGGUCUACGGACCGUUGUUUCGGGGGUUGACUGAUAUCGCUGUUAGCAAUAGUCAUGAAGCCAUGGCUAAACUGACAGUCCCGGACACCAAGCUGUGCAUGCCUAAGGAACAUGAAACAUCCUCCAUUGUGCAUCCCACCCUCCUAGACAUUUGUGUUCAGCUUAUAUGGGUGCUUUUCGGGUGCUACAAGCCCGGGUCGAAAACAACGCAUUUACCCUCGUUGGUGAAGCACAUUUCCAUUGUUCCGUAUCACGGUCUGCAACCGGGAAGUGAAUUGCAAGUGUAUGGAAAUCGGAUUAAUGCUAUAUCCACGCGCCACCCACUCAGCCACCGUAUCUUUGCAACCCGCCCAGGAGACCCGGUCAAUGCCAUCAUCGAAAUUGACGGCUGUGUCACGAUUCCUCUUCCCUAUGAUGAGGUCGGCGUAUCAGAAGCCAAGCCUCUGUGUUACCGUGAGCAUUAUGAACCCUGUUUCGACUUUCUGUCGGGGGCGGAUUCAGACCUUCUCAGAGGUCCUGACUCGGGCGACGGUCCAGGUGCCCAACGGACUCGUCUUCUGGAUGAAGUUUCAUACUUGUACCUCCAACGUGCUGUAAAAAGCAUCGGCAAAAAUGAGGUCCUCUCGUUCAAGCCGCAUCUCCAACGGGUGUUCCGUUGGGCCCAGAAGCUGUGCAGUGCGACCACCUUUGACACCAGUCUAUGUGCACAUCACGGGGACCAGGAGAAACUGAUCCGGAAAGUCCGUACGAUGAAUGCGGUUGGCGAGUUGACCUGCAAGCUUGGGGAACGUCUUCCCGAGGUGCUUCGAGGAAACCUGGACCCAUUGGCCGUCAUGAUGGAGGAUGAUUUACUUAGCCGACAUUACGAGGAUAACGACCACCUGCUUCAAAACUAUGCUCGAGCGACCAAGUGUAUCGACGCAAUGGCACACCAGAACCCACAUCUCAAAUUCCUCGAAGUUGGUGCAGGCACCGGAGGAGUUACAUUACCCAUUCUGCAGACCCUGGGAGGCGAGGCUGGGUCGACGCCGCGAUUCAGCCAUUUCACGUAUACUGAUAUCUCCCCUGGUUUUUUUGAGAAGGCGAAGGACAAGUUUCAGGCCUGGCGCCCGUUGAUGUCGUAUCAGACACUCGAUGUCUCUUCGGAUCCGGUCCCGCAGGGCUAUGAGCCGCAUUCCUACGACGUAGUUAUCGCAUGCAACGUUUUACAUGCGACUUCUCUCAUUGGACAAACUGUGGCGAAUAUCAGGCGUUUGCUCAAGCCCGGUGGAAAGUUGUUGCUGAUUGAGGAGACUCGACUGAAAUCCAGCCACUUCAUAUACGCACUCCUUCCAGGUUGGUGGUUGAGCGAAGAUCCGGACCGCAAGAACGGACCUUUGUUGGAUCCAGGCCUAUGGGAACGUGUGCUUAAAGAUAAUUCCUUUUCCGGUAUCGAUAUCGGUAUUGACGACUAUCCUGGGGCACCACAACGUGCAUGCACUCUCAUGGUCUCAACCGCCACAGAUACCCGAAUCAGACCCUCUUCGAACAAUGUCGUUGUCAUGAACACAGGAUUCCUAAUUCCAAGCCUCUGCCGUGCGCUCCAGCAAAAGUUGAAGGAUGUCACUGGGGGGGUCGUUAAUACGAGGGAUUUCACGACAGAUCCGACUGGCAAGUUGUGUAUUUUCGUUGACGAUCCAGAUACUCCACUGUUAUCUUCGCUUACCAAGGAAAGUUUCCGAGCACUUCAAAAAAUGCUAGCUCGCUCCAGCGGCGUUCUGUGGGUUAUCCAGAAGGGCAACACUGGGCCAGAGUCCCUUGGUGCGCACUUGGCUGUUGGACUAGCUAGGACGGUGCGAUCAGAGACAAGCUUGCCGUUUGCUACACUGGAUGUUGGCGUGAAAGGCAGUCUCCCCGAGAGUCAGGUUGCGGACAGAAUACGUGAUGUUUUCAACGACAUUUUCUGCAACUCGUCCGUCCUUCGCCACGGGGAUAUGGAUUAUGUCGUCCAGCAGGGACGGAUCUGCGUGUCUCGAAUCGUUGAUGACCCAGAACUGAAUGAACAUCUUUUCCAGGAUACGGAGCAUGCGCCACCCCAGCAUCAAGCCCUGUGGCAGCCAUCCAGGCCCUUGAAAAUGGUUCCCGCAGCCGAUGGUGUUCUGGCCGACUGCUUCUUUACAGACCACGACGUCGUUCGCUCGCCUCUACCGGACGACCAGGUCGAGAUUAAAGUCGAAUAUGUCGGCCUCAACUUCCGUGAUGUCCUAGUCGCCAUGUCGCAGAUCCAGGGCGGGCAGCUUGGCCAAGAGUGUAGCGGCGUCGUCACGGCCAUUGGGGCUGCCGUUGAUGAUUUCCGUGUGGGUGACCGAGUAUGUUCGACGGCUCCUGGAUGCCUCGCGAGUCACGUACGAAGUGCAGCAUCGAAUGUAUGGAGAGUGCCCAACACAAUGGACCUUGAACUUGCUGCGUCCGCUCCCUUGGUUUUUGCGACUGCGUAUUACUCUCUCGUCGACAUCGGCAGGCUCACUUCGGGAGAGACUGUUCUCAUCCAUGCUGCCGCAGGAGGUGUUGGACAAGCCGCUAUCAUGUUAGCCCAGGAAGUCGGAGCCAAGGUCUUUGCAACAGUCAGCAGUGAGCAUAAGAAGCGUUUCCUAAUGGAUACCUACCAGCUCGCAGAAGAUCAAAUCUUUUUCAGUCGAGACACGUCGUUUGCAUCCGGCAUCUACAAGGCCACAGGGGGGCAGGGAGUCGAUGUUGCGUUGAACUCGCUGACCGGUGACGCCUUGCGGUCAACUUUUGAAUGCUUGGCUCCAUUUGGACGCUUUGUGGAAUUAGGGAAACGCGACAUUAUUCAGAAUUCCCAAUUGGAGAUGGUGCACUUUGACAAAAAUGUGUCUUUCUCCUCGGUAGAUGUGUCCCUGAUUAUCCGAACACGCCCGGCGUUGAUGAAGCGGUUGCUUGGUGAAUCAUUCCGCCUCUUUGGCAAGCCUGAAACACAAGCACGAUGGUCCAUAACCUGUUACUCCAUUUCCGAGCUUGAGUCUGCGUUCCGGGCUCUACAGGGUGGUCGCAACACUGGAAAGAUCGUUAUUCAAAUGGAGAAGGAUGCAAUGGUUAAGGUUCACCCAGCACGCAGACCCGAAGAUAUCCUUUCUCGUGAUGCUUCGUACAUUGUGACUGGUGGCACAAGGGGAAUUGGACUCGACAUCGCCCGAUGGUUGCCAGAAAAGGGCGCACGGCAUCUCAUCCUCAUCUCCCGGAGUGGUGCGGCAACCGAAGAGUCCCAACAGACACUGCGAGCGCUAGAAGCAGAGGGUGUGAAAGUGAAAGUGUGUCGCUGUGACGUUGGCGAUCCGGACGAUUUAGCGCAAGCGUUGGUACCAGUACUGAAGCAAAUGCCUCCAGCACGCGGUGUUGUUUAUGGUGCCAUGGUCCUCCGGGAUAUGCUUUUUGAAAAAAUGGGUCUCGAGGACUACAAUGCGGUGAUUCGGCCUCGAAUGCACGGAAUCCUGAACCUUCAGCGCAUCUUGCAACGCCAGAGAGAGCCCAAGCUGGACUUCUUUAUAAAUCUCUCGUCGCUAUCCAGUAUUGUUGGUACGAUGGGACAAGCAGCAUACACCUCCAGUGGAACCUUCAUGGCCGCUAUGGCCCGGUAUCCCUCACUCGCUGGGGUUCCCUGCCGGACUAUCGAUCUGCCUAUGGUGCGAGAUGUUGGAUACCUGGCUGCAGACCAGAAGCGACAAGAGGAGGCCAGCCAUCAGCUCGGAGGUGUUUCCAUCGACGCUUCAGAUAUUCGUGCGGUUCUCGCAGCCGCAAUGCGGAACGAGAUGGGACACUCCACCAACAACCAUUGCCUGCUCGGUCUGAAUGGUGUCAAGACCACGCCUGUCAAGGAGCUACCAUUCUGGGCGCAAGACCCGAAGUUAUCGCAUUUGCUUCGCUCGUCCAUUCUGUCGGAAAUCGAUUCCACCCAAACCCAACAGCACGAUACCAAAGUGUCUCCGGCAACUGCUGUACGGCACGCUACCAGCUAUUCCAGUGCCGAAUCGCUGGUUGUCGAUGCUGUGGUGCAUAAGAUCGCAAGUACCCUGAUGCGUCCGGUAGAUGAGGUCGAUCCCUCUGCGCACAUUUCCGGUUAUGGCCUGGACUCGCUGGUGGCAAUUGAAGUUCGCAACUGGAUUACACGAGAGCUAGAAGCCAACUUGCAGAUUCUAGAGAUUCUCACGAGCGAUUCAGUGCAUGCCUUAGCUCGAACUAUUUUGAGCAAGAGCACUCUUGUUUCUCCGAAUGUGCGCGCUGAGUGGAAUUCCGAGACGCCGAAAAAUGCUUAG